CAUCUGGUUGGUCUCCAGGUAAGUAGUGUUGGACUGCUGCGCAGCCGAAGGCUCUGGUCAACUUGACCAACCAGUUCCCAAUUCGAUAAUUGACCGGAAUCAUGUCUACUCUCCAAUCCAACGGUCGUCCUCCUCCACCCGGGGAUGAGGAUCUCCAGCAUCUUUAUGAUGAAGUUUGGCGGAUCUUUGGCGAAGAAACAACUUCCCCAACCGAGCGCUCGCCAACAAGUGCGGUUUCUGCCCAUGCACGCGAGCCCUACUCCAAUGGUUCAUUCCACGACGUCAACGCGACUAUAUCUCAUUCUUCUUCAGUCCGAAAUGCCCUUCAUCGUCCUGCACCUGCGCCCCAGCGGCCGCAUUCUCCUGAAAUACGCCCACAACCUGAUACUGCAACCUCUCCUACACAGAGGAGGUUGAGACCACUUCCGUUGCCUCCAGGUGCUUCUUCUUUAGGUCCUCAGCCUCAUGAUCAACCACCUCUAGUUGCAAGUACUUCACGCCCUGGGACGGCUGGAGUUGAUGGGCGUCGUCAGCUUCCUCAGGCACCUACGGUACAACCCAAUGGCUAUAAUGGCAGUCGCCCAUCCACAGGUUCUGCAACAUCCCCAACCUCAUCUACAAGUAAACCAGCCACUAUUAGCUCUCAUGCUGACGGGCUGCCAAAUAUACAUAAAGCUGUCCCUGCUGUCCCAUCGCACGCCAAUGGAGCGUCUGUUAAUGGUGUGGAUGCAUAUCGUUUGCAACAAUCAGAUAGCAGCCUCGAUGUGCAAGGCUACGGUGUCACCGUCGCACCCAAACCGUCUCCUCGACCUCCCGGCGCUUCGCCCCCGAACAUUCCUGGUCUCAGCAAUAUGUUUGAUGACUUCUCGAUCGACCAUGGUCCAGACGAUACGAAGAAUCGCCCAUCUCAUCGCUCUCAACAAUCUUCGGAACAAUUUCGUCCUGCAGAUGCCUACCCACAACCUCAUGUACGAUUACAUCCAAAUGAUGGAAUCAACGGUCCUGCACCAUCUGCUCGGGCCGUGCAAUUUCUACAGGCUCCACCACAUCUUCGUUGGUAACAGACUCACUAGGUCGCAAUGUCUCAGUGACGACAACAGCCACCAGCUACACUGAUACAGACGGUUCAACUGCUAAAGCUGGGCCAACAAUGCUCAGCAGAGA